AUGACAUUUGGCGCAUGGAACGUGCGUACUUUAAUCGAUAAUGACGGAAACCUUUGCCCGGAGCGUAAAACUGCUGUCGUAGCACGUGAGCUUGCUCGAUACAAUGUAGACGUGGCAGCUUUAAGCGAAACACGCUUAGCUGACCAAGGCGAACUCGAGGAAAUCGGCGGUGGUUAUACAUUCUUCUGGAAAGGAAGACCCCAAAGUGAACGAAGGUUAGCUGGCGUAGGGUUUGCCAUCAAAUCCACCAUCGUAAAAAAACUGCCAGAAUGUCCACAAUACAUCUCGGACCGCAUUAUCACAUUACGCCUUCACCUACCAAACGACAACUACCUGAAUGUGAUAAGCGUAUACGCACCAACAAUGAGUAACGAGGACAGUGUCAAAGAUCAGUUUUAUGAAGAACUUAGCCAAUGCCUUACCAGCAUACGUUCAAGCGAACAAAUACUGCUGCUAGGCGAUUUCAACGCGAGGGUUGGCAGAGAUUCUGAGUCGUGGCCGGGCGUGAUUGGAAAUAAUGGUGUGGGCAAUAUGAAUAGUAACGGACAAUUACUACUCACACUCUGUGCCCAAUUCGACCUCACCAUCACAAACACUCUGUUUAGGCUUCGCGACAAAUUCAAAACCACCUGGAUGCACCCGCGUUCUAAACACUGGCACCUCCUCGAUUACGCGAUAACACGACGAAGGGACAUCUCCCAGGUGCAUAUCACACGCGUUAUGCGCGGCGCACACUGCUGGACAGACCACAGGCUUUUGGUAACUAAGUUGAGACUCCGCCUUCGUGAACCACGAAGACCCUGCAGGGCUAAACCAAUAUCUCUCAACUUAGAUCGACUGGAUUGCAAAGAUCUUCAAGAAAAAUACCAGAAAGGCCUAACAGAUGCGCUAGAUGUGUUUGAUGCCCAGCAAGGUGACUUAAUAUCAAAAUGGAAACAGAUCUCAUCCACCGUAGUGACUGUGGCUACGGAAACCAUAGGAUACAGAAAACGAAACAACGAGGACUGGUUUGACCAGAAUGAUAGGGCCCUAACUGAAGCAUUCAAACAGCAUCGUGUACUCAUAAAGCGUAAUGAAGGAAAUCAUAAAUCCAGUCAAGAAGUCCGAAGUAGUGGUGAUUCCUUAAGGAAAUUAACGAGGAAGAUGAAAGAUAGAUGGUGGCUUGAAAAGGCAAAAAAGAUACAGUGGCUUGCAGAUACCCACCAACUAGGCGCUUUCUAUGAAGAAAUGCGUAAGUUGAUUGGCGUUUCCAUAAAAAACUGCACUCCAUUAAGAUCCCUAGAUGGUUCCCAAAAGCUCACUGCUAAGCAGGAUAUACUUGAUCGUUGGGCAGAGCACUUUAACCACCUGCUCAAUGUAGAUCGAUCAGCAGAUCUUGAGCAUAUAAAGCGUAUUCAUCCUCUGCCGCCGAAUGAGUCGCUUGCUGAACCACUAACUUUUGCUGAAGUUGUUCAAGCCAUCAAAGAGCAGAAAAUAAAAAGCAGUUGGCGUUGA